AUGUCGGAAGAGAAAAAGCUCACCAAAAAACAGCUCAAGGCACAGCAGUUUCGGAAAACCAAAGAUGAGAAGGAGGACCAAAAACCUGCUAAGAGAAAGAUAGAAAAUGUUCAGGACUCAGUCGACGAGAAAGCCCCGGCCGAUGGUGAAGAUGAACCACGUAAGAAGCGUAAGACCCGUAGGGGUAAGGGUGGCAAGGGUAAGAAAGGGAAUAGAUUUCUCAUAUUUGUGGGAAACCUACCGAAGGGUGUGACAAGUGUGGAUUUACAAGCCCAUUUUAAAUCGAGUGCUCCCGAUGAGAUUCGAGUGAGGCCCGAUAAGAAUAUUGCGUUUCUAGAAUUCGACGCGGAAAAGGACCAGAAGAAUAUCCAGUCACGUAUGGAUGUAGCACUCAUGCAAAACAAGACUGAAAUGAAGGGCCGCAAGAUCAAUGUGGAGCUAACCGUUGGAGGUGGUGGUAACAGUCAGGUUCGGCUGGAGAAGUUAAAGAAUAAAAAUAUGAAAAUGGACGAUGAAAGAAGAACGAGGACAAUAAAAAUGAUUCAAGAUAGCAAGGGAAAAGCGGUGAAAACCAAAGCAGACCAGCCAAAUGCAGACGCAGUGCCGUCUACAGGCAUCCAUCCAGAUCGUUUAAAGAUGAUUAAAUAG